AUGUUUCACCAUUCCCAGUACGGUACCAGCCGUACUGGCGUCAACGAGGCCUGGCAGAAGCGUCACCACCUUAACUUUCAGUUCGUCUUCUACGAGGGCCUCAAGGCCGACAUUAUGGCCAAGCUGGAGAAGCUGAACGAGUUUUUGAGCACAAACCUCAGCCAGAAGCAACUCUUAAUGUAUGAUGCUGUAGCUAAAUACACCGAGUUUAAUGAGAUGGCAGGCCGGGACAACUUGAUGGGGCCCAAAACAGAAGAUAAUCCCCAGUACUCACAGGAGGUGUUUUCACAAAUUCUUAUUGAGGUGAAUGAUGAAGUAAUAUUGUUGAUUCCUGUGCCGGGUGAGGUUGGUAACUGGAAGGAGAAGUUGACCCUAGACCAGGUACACAAGAUCGACAAGUGGACGAAGAACAUGG